AACGAGCGUCUAUAAUAACCAGCCUUACAAACUCCUCAACUUGUGCGAAUACUCGCUUCCGCGUUUAAUUUCAGUACCCCCCUUUCCUCCGACGUGUAUCUAAGACCGGCUUUCGAUAUAGGCGAUCGUUUUGCCUCCCUCACCUAUUUCACAACAAUAUCUGUCGCCCCCAAGUCACGGAGAAAUGGCAGAUAAUAAUGUAGGCCAGUCUUCUGCGCAAGAGGAGGUGCCAAUGGUAUCACUCAUUCAUGGACGAUCAAAGCGAAGCACUGCAGGACGCCACAUGUCUGCACUCCUCAAUGCUGAAGCCGAUGACGAUCUUGCUCUUUUGUUUGAAGAGGUUGAUGAUGACAAUGAAUUCUCUGUUGGAGCAGAAGAGGAAGGGGGCGAGGACGAUGAUAUGGGGCUAGACUCAUCUUCCGACGACGAGGACCAAGGGCCCAAUGCUCGGUCGGAUGAUUACGACGGAGAGAUACAGUUGCAAAAGGAAGAGAAAGCUGACAAAAAGAAGAGAAGGGAGCAGCAAGACCUUCGAUUCAAAAUAGCAAGAAAGAAGGUCAAGAUCGAUCCCACCGCCGUGUCCGCGGUACCCGCCCCUCGACCAAAGAAGAAGUCGGAACGUAUCUCGUGGAUACCUACACCUGAGGAGGGGCCUACUCGGUCAUCAUCCCGUCGUCAAACGAUGCAGAACAAAGAGCUUACGCAUGCACGUCUCAAGGAUAGCGAAGAGAAGCGCAUUCGACUUAUAGCGACGAUGGAGGAAGCAGCUAAGAGGAAAGCACAUUUGAAGCCCAAGGAGAUAACACAGGCCGAGCGUCUUGCAGAAGCCGAAAGGGUUGAAAGACACAAUAGCAAAAGUCUUAAUCGAUGGGAAGAGAUGGAGAAGAGAAAGGCAGAGGAAAGAAAGGCCAAAAUCGAGGCCCUUCAAAAUCGUCGUCUUGAAGGCCCCGUUAUGUCUUACUGGAGUGGCAUAGCUACCUGGGCUGAUGGUCGCUUAACGCGCCUUGGUAAAGUCGACAUCACACCGAAGCCAGAAAAGGAGGAAAAUGCGCGUAAAAAAAGCAAGAGGCCGGACAAGGAGGCAAAGGCUGUGACAGAGCAAAAGCCUGUUGAUAACUCCACCCCCGGACCUGCCACAACACGGUCUACACCCCCAACUACUUUUAAAAGCCCAGCAGAGCCAGUUGUACCCGGCAGUGAGGAUAGCCUGAAGCAAAACCAGGAGACUGUCCAAAUGGAGAAAACGGACACUGUUCUUAUGCAAGAAAACGAUGCAAAUCUCGAAAAUACAACCAAUACUGCCAAGGGUACCUCUCCGACCUCGGCAUCUCCACUUGUCCAACCCCCCAAACCCAUGUCUGAUGACACACAGGGCGUUGAGAAAACUCUGGCUGCUGAGUCACAAAAGGAAGGAACGGAGCAGCCAGAAAAGCCUGUUGACGACAAGCCUAUAGAAAGUGCUUCAAAGGACGAACAAGAUUCAGAAAAAUGCGUCAACGAUGCGAAGCCCAAAGAGACUCCGAAAGAGCCAGCGUUGGGUCCACAAGACGUGCAGAUGUCGGAUGAUGCCUACAUCCCGAAACCAGAGGAACAAGGACAAGCAAACGGAACCCCGACGCCGCCUGAAGAGAACACAGUCGCUAUAUCAAAGGAACUAAUCACGGAAUCUACAACCGCUCAGCCUUCCUCUGCCUCAGCUACAGCCCCUCAGGUAGAUUCUCCCAGUCUUCCUGCUACUACUGCCACUGCAGCAGAUGCGCCUCACGUGCCUGCACCGCCUAGUCAACAAGGAGAGACGUCCGCAGCGGUUCAGCAGGAACAAGCAGUUGCUGAGGUACAACAAGACCAGGCAGCCACUACGAGUGAGGAGCCGCUACAGCCAGAAGCUCGGCAACAUCCUCCAGUCAUUGAACAUACGGGGAGAACCCUCACAGUGCUAGAAAAUUUCGAUGAUAAGACCGCCCAGAGCCGCGAAUUCAGCAUUUAUUUCAAUGGGAAAAAGCCGCCAAGGCUCACUAAGAUCUCUUCGUCACUCUGUGUCAUUACAUCACUUCCAUCGCGUUACCGAGACCCCGAAACAUCUCUUCCCUUUGCGAACUCAUACGCAUAUAAUGAGAUACGGAACACUGUCGCUCAGAAGUACGCCUGGAGUUCUAUGCUUGGAUGCUAUGUUGGUCUUAACGGUGUUGCCGCACAAGGAGUUCCUGCUCGCUUUUUAGAUCCUCAGGCACCCCCACCAGAAACAGUGAGUGAGAAGAAAGACAGAAAGUGUGGUAAUGAGCCUGCCGAUGGAGGUAAGGAUAAAGUUGGUGAAACAGAUGCUUCCGAAGGUACUCCCAAGGCGUCUAAUCCAGCAGCUGCGACACCUACACCUGCGCCUAUGACAGCUGCGGAGGCUGGAUCGGGCGAUCCAAUGGAAAUUGAUAAGCCAUAAGCUAUGGCUGUGUUCAUCAUUCAGAUAUCUGUAUUAUGUAGUGAUACCCAGGAUAGAAAUAACUGAUUUAAAAAGUAGUAUGUCUACAUAACAAUGUAUGAAGGUUGCCCAGGGGUGGGGAACUGCAUUUAUG